GAUGCGUUCUAUAGUUGAAGUCACUAGGGGGUCUUCUUUCCCUUUUGCUGUGAUAAUCUUGUCAGCUGUUGUCCCAUAGAAUUCCAGGGAGUUGUCAAUUUAUGCGGCUGGAGAAUCUUUUGUCCCAUUCAUGUCUUGGCUCUUCUGGGAUUGGUCAGCUGUAGAAGGCUGGUUCUGCCAGUUAGGCAGACUUCAAUAGGAGGGGGUUGGUCUGUAUUGGCCAAUAGCAGCUGAGCACAGGCUACUAGUCUUGUAACUUGCCGGUUUCAGCACUUGCUGUAGAGAAAGCGUGGAGCAGUAGAGAGCGUGGAGCAGUAGAAAGCGCGGAACAGUAGUGGAUUCCAGAGCCGACGCAGGUGUAGGCAGCUCCAAGAUGCUGUGUCUGUCUUUGUGUGUGGCUGUGCCCGAUCAGUCUCAGACAGAGUUUCAGUACUUUGAGUCCAAUGGAUUACCUUCACAGCUGAAGUCCUUUUACAGGCUAAGCCUUUUUAUUCCAUCUCAGGAGUUUUCAACUUACAGGCAGUGGAGACGGAAAAUCGUGAAAGCUGGAGAUAAGGACCAGGAUGGGCAGCUGGACUUUGAGGAGUUUGUGCACUACCUUCGUGACCAUGAGAAGAAGCUCAGAUUGGUCUUCCGCAGUCUGGAUAAGAAGAAUGAUGGUCGAAUUGAUGUGCAAGAAAUAAUGCAAUCUCUCCGUGACCUUGGUGUAAAUAUCUCCGAGCAGCAAGCAGAGAAAAUCCUUAAACGAAUUAGGACGGGACACCGAUGGGGUCCUGUCGCCCACAUGGAUAAAAAUGGUACAAUGACCAUAGACUGGAAUGAGUGGCGAGAUUACCAUCUCUUACAUCCUGCUGAGAACAUUCCUGAAAUCAUCCUUUACUGGAAACACUCUACAAUCUUUGAUGUUGGAGAAAACCUCCUUGUGCCUGAUGAGUUUACCGUGGAAGAGAAAAAAACUGGAAUGUGGUGGAGGCAUCUCGUGGCUGGUGGUGGGGCUGGCGCUGUAUCCCGGACAUGUACGGCUCCCCUAGACCGGCUGAAGGUUAUCAUGCAGGUCCACGCUUCACGCAGCAACGCUAUGUCCAUGGCAGGGGGCUUUACGCAGAUGCUCCGUGAAGGAGGCUACCGCUCACUGUGGCGGGGAAAUGGCAUUAAUGUCAUUAAAAUUGCUCCAGAGUCUGCUAUUAAGUUCAUGGCUUAUGAACAGAUAAAACGUUUAAUUGGGAGUGACCAGGAGAUCUUGGGUAUUCGUGAGAGGUUGGUGGCUGGAUCUCUAGCUGGAGUGAUUGCCCAGAGCAGUAUAUACCCCAUGGAGGUUUUGAAAACCAGGAUGGCUCUGAGAAAGACUGGCCAAUAUGAAGGGAUGUUGGACUGUGGCAAAAAGAUUAUGCUGAAGGAAGGGAUGUCUGCUUUCUACAAGGGAUAUGUGCCCAACAUGCUGGGGAUUAUUCCUUAUGCUGGCAUUGACUUGGCAAUAUAUGAGACUCUGAAGAACGCCUGGCUAAAUCGUUAUGCCACGAGCAGUGCAGACCCUGGUGUCUUUGUGUUACUGGCCUGCGGGACCGUAUCAAGUACAUGUGGGCAGCUAGCCAGCUAUCCCCUAGCUCUGGUCAGGACACGCAUGCAGGCACAGGCUUCCAUUGAAGGAGCUCCACAGCCGACUAUGAGCAGUCUCUUCAGAAAUAUCAUACAGACUGAAGGACCUAUUGGACUGUACCGGGGUCUGGCCCCCAAUUUCAUGAAGGUGAUCCCAGCCGUCAGCAUCAGCUACGUUGUGUACGAGAACAUAAAGCGCUCACUGGGCGUGACUUCGCGGUGAUGAGAAGUGUCUGUCGUGCUAUUGCUGGACAUUGGACUGCAUUCUUGGGGGUAUUACUCCCUGGAUGUUAAGUGGCCUGUCUUCAUUCUGUGAAUGUGUUUAACACUAAAAGCAACGGAGUAAGCUGUGAUAAGCCCAGGAACAGAAGGAUAUGAGACUUGGCCUCUGUGUGCUAGGAACUCCUCACCUUAUCGACAAUUGGUCUCAUUCCAUGCCCCUUGCUUAGGGGGGGACCAGUAGCAUCUUCCACGUUGGAACUGUUUACAUUUUUAUUUUAUUUUUUUGGACUUUGCUCAUUUUAUGUAUUGAGCUUAUGUGGCAGCAUGAGUUCUCUGAAUGUACUUAAUAUACUGAAUAUAUGUCGUGCAGAAUGCAUAUGAACCGUGCUAUUGCUGAGGCAGCGGUCAGAGAUGAGGACUUAUAACUGGUAUGCAGGGCUGCUUAUCCUCUUGUAUGGGCUUUGUGCCUGGGCAGCUGACUAGCAGAUAUAAUUGGAUUGUGGAUAAGGAAACUGAUUGGCGCAACAAUACUGAGGGGAAAUUAACUGGAGCCGAUCUGUCUUUGUGGUGCUGAAAGUGGGGUUCUUCCCCCUUCCAGCUGCUGCAGGAAGAGCCACAUAGUGGACCUGUGUCAUAUUUACUGGCCUCUUCUGAAUGAACACAAUGAGUGAUUGGUACUAAUCACUCACUGUUUCUUCAUAACUGAAGCAUAGUAAACUGUUAUGCAUCAGUCUGAAUGAAAAGGGAGCCUCGAUACAGACAUGUCCUGAUUCAGCUGCAGUGCUCAAUUUGUUUUGGUCUCAAAAGUGAGACAUGGGUCUAUUUAGACCCCUGAUAGUUGACCAAAGUCCUUAUUCACGCAAGUUCUCUGGGCCAUACAGUGUGAUUAAGUGGUUUGUUUGGCUGGAGCUGCCUGUUACUCUAUGGCAGGGAAAUGCAAUUAGCGGACCUCCAGCUGUUACAAAACUACAAGUUCCACCAUGCCUCUUGCUCUGAGUGUCAUGCUUGUG